CAGCAGAGGUUGGUCAUACCCCCUUUGCCAACAGGGCUGAAGCAUCUUCCCACAGCCACGUCCACCCUAGGGAGAGAAACAAUACCCUUGCUUGUGGUCUCCUGCUCAGAACCUGUCCCUGCAGACUUUGGCUCUACCAAUUUAAACCCUGAAUCACAUCUUCCUCCAGAAGUGGGGCCCAUGUCCAGGGCUGUCUUCUCUCCACCAGCUACUUUGAAUUUGGACCCCAUCAGCCUCAGGAAAAGCGCAGGCAUCUCGCUGGCAAGCCCAGGAGAACAGGAGGUGGUCUCCCUUUCACCACCUCCCCAUCUGUCAGUAGCCUCUGAACUGGGCACAGAUGAGUACCCUGAACACCUUGGCCCUGGGAUGACAAAGCUGGUGCUGAGGGAGGCAGAUGGCCAGCUAGGAGAAACCUCAGCUUCUGUGGGCUUGGUGGCCAAGGUUUCCUCCCUAGCCUCCAUCACUGUACCAAGGCCUGGUAUGGGGCUUCCUUGGCCUGACAAUAAGGUGAACAGUGGCUCUGAGACAGCACCAGCUUCCCUGCCCAUUACCUGGGAGGUGAGGAGAAAGGAGCACAAGGUGCAUCAGGGCACGGCUGCUAGCAAGAAACCGGCUUCUGCCUCCGUCCUUGAGGAAUUUAAUAUAGAGAAAACGUUCAAAGCUCUUCAAGAGGGUGCAGAAGAGCAGAGAAAUGCCUCCCCCAGAACUACUCCUGCACACCCUGGUCCUCCUGUGGCCUGGUGGAGAGAAACAACGUCAAGAGACCAGAAGCUUCAGGAACCCUCUGAUCCUGUAUCCAGAAACACCCCAGUGCCAGGAGUACAGCAACAGAGACAUGCUGAGCUAGGACGUCCCUGGGCAAUGGAGUUCUUCCCUCUCAGCAGCUGCCACCUCGUCUUCCAGGAUAGAUCUGGGGUGUUUUACCUGCCACUGAAUGCUGACAUUAAAACCAACAUCUGGUGCAACUGGACCAUCUGGGCAGGCCCCCAGAAGCACAUUGUCAUCUACAUCUGGGGGUUCCAGGGCAAUGAAGGCUGUGGCAAAAAUGAGGACAAAAUAAUCUUCCAGGGGGUCUCAUCAAGUGUGGAAACAAAAGUGGUGUAUGCCUGUCACAGCCGAGGUACUCUGACCUUUGCUACACAAGCUACUGCAGUCCAUGUACUAUUUCUAUCAGGGAGUGGCUCCCUAAGCAGUGAAUAUGGACAUUUUAAAGGGCAGUAUUAUGUAUUCAGAGACUCUGAAGCUGUGGGCUCUUCAAAUUACACCAUAGCCCCCCAACCUGUCCAGGAGGUCUCCAAAAAGGGGAGCUGGAGGACAGUGGUAACAAAAGGUUUAUUGCCCAUGCUGGGAGUCUCUCCAGGCCCAUCAGCUGCACCUGCUGGUGACAGGAUUCAGCCUGAGCUUGUAAGCCCAGAUGAAGAGGCCCGGUACCCUCCAAGUCUAAUGGAAAAUGCUCAGUCUGGUGCUAAAUUCAGUAAGCUUGACCUGAGUAAGCAUGAUCAGCUGCAGGAUGAAACUAGCCUGGAAAGACAACUUAAGGAUGGUGUCACUGAAGGCAGAGAAACCAAAGAUGACAUGUUGGUGGAGCUGGCUCCAGCUGGGCAUAAAGCUGAGCCAUCUGCCUUGGAGACUGCAAAGCAGGGCAUAGACCCAGUGUCUGCUGUGGUCACUGUAGUCCCUCACUCAGUGGGUACCUCUUCCUCAGAGGCACCCAGCCACCAUGUAGGUGUCUCUGUGAAAUCAUCUAGCCUGGACCAGUCCAGCAACGGCCUGUCAGAAGAAGUGGUUGGUGCUGCACAUCACACACAGAUGCCAGUGCUGGAAGAGCCACUGCUAAAUAUGAGUACAAAAUCUUCUCUCUACCCCUUUCCUGGGGUGGCUGCUGGAGAUACUGUGUCUCUGGGAGAAAGGAAUGAAGAGCUCCUUGAUCUGGUUUCUGCCCUGGCGUCUCAGGAGAAUGACACAGCACUGCAAUCCCAGCACCACCCUGGAGAUGUGCUGUUUGAAGUAACUAUUGAAAUCAAACCCAAGGACUGGAUUCCUCGUGGUGGAAGUGAGCUCCAAAAGGGUCUUCUUGAAUCUGUGAAAAAUCACAUCCAGGAGAACCUGAAACUUUCUGCCAAGAGAGUCAAUGAAAUAAAGUUGAAGGAAAUAAAAAGGACGAGCGAUGCCAACCUGCUGCUCACCUUCUGGCUGCACCUGAAGCCAGAGGAGAGAAAUGUGUCUCUGCUCCUGCACUCCCAGCUGAAGGAGCUGCUUGGCACCUCGGUAGGAGUGGAGAAGCUGCAGCUUCUUUCGCUGUUCAUUGAAGAUGUAAACGAGUGCAGUGCCGGGGUCAGCCUCUGUGGGGAGGGGGCAGAGUGCUUCAAUGGCGUGGGCACGUACCUCUGCCGCUGCAAAAAGGACUAUGAAGACCAUUCUCCCACCAAGUCUGGCACCCUCUGCAUCCGUGCUCCACAAACAGGGAUUAGCUUCUUCCUCCUCCAUGCUGACAUCCUGGUGGGGGCAGCCAUCGUGGCUGGCCUGGCAAUGCUUGUGGCUGCUGGUGCCCUGUGCAGGUCAGCCAGGUGGGGAUUGCACCCCAGGAGAGACCUGAGCCCAGAGGAGCCACCAGCGAGAGCCAGGGAGGAGCCAGAGAUGGAGCUGCAUGACCUGGAGGAGUGUCUGCGCCUUGACCCCUUCCAGCUGAAGCUGAGGGCCAGGCCCCCUGAGUGGCUGUGGGGAGCCCGGGCCCAGCCUGGCCAGUCAUACCACGUCUUCCUGGAGCAGUCUCACCAGCUCUGA